CCAGAGCUUUUUAUCCUCACACUCCAUUUCCUUCUCCCUCCAAAAAAAAAAAAACCAUGCCCACCUCAUCCUCCAUUCACUCCUUUCCUUCUUCUCUCAUUUCCAAACCCCUAAAACCCUUAAAACCCUCAUUCCUCACCACCUUCUUCCCCAGAACCCUGACCCUAACCUGCACCACAUCCCAGCCCAGUAAAAGACCCACCUCCAAAAACAGCAGGAAAUCAUCAUAUGGUACCUCCAGAAGGUCUAGUCUCAAGAAAACCUUCAACCAGGAGCAAGUUGUGUUCACUGCUCCCGUCUCCGACGACCCCGUCGUCGCGAUUAUCGGCGGAGGGAUGGCCGGUCUGGUUUGUGCCUUGAAUUUGGAGAAGAGAGGGGUCCGGUCCACGGUUUUCGACACGGGGAUUCAUGGUUUGGGAGGACGAAUGGGAACCAGAAUAAUUGACCCUCAGCCAUUGAUAUUUGACCAUGCGGCUCAGUUCUUUACAGUGAGUGAUUCUCAGUUUGCUGAGUUGGUGGAUAGCUGGUUGGAGAAAGGUCUGGUUCAAGAGUGGCAGGGUAUAAUUGGGAAGCUUAACGUAGGUGGUCAGUUUGUUUCACUUCCUUCUUCGCCUCCAAGAUAUGUAGGAGUUAAUGGCAUGCGCCCCCUUGCUGACUCAUUACUGUCUGAGACUUCUUUGGUUAAUGUGGUGAGACCUUGCUGGAUAAGUAAACUUGAUCCAUUUAAUGGGAUGUGGUACUUGAGUGAAAACGGAAAACCUCAGGGACAGUUUGAUGCGAUUGUCAUUGCACAUAAUGGAAAGUGUGCAAAUCGCUUGCUUGCAUCGUCAGGCUUGCCACUAAUUGCAAGACAGAUGAAGAGGCUGGAAUUAAGUUCUAUAUGGGCCCUCCUUGCAGCAUUUGAGGACCCUCUUCCUAUCCCAGGUGGUGCAGCUUCAUCUCCUUUUGAAGGAGCUUUUGUCAAAGGGGUUGAUUCUGUCUCAUGGAUGGCAAACAAUACCAAGAAACUUCUGCAUUCCCAAAACAGUGGCCCUCACUGUUGGACCUUUCUUAGUACUGCAGCUUAUGGAAAGCGGAACAAGGUUCCACAGGAAAACAUCCCAAAUGCAACGGCAGAGAAGGUGAAGGUGGGCAUGCUUGGGGGUGUUGAAGCUGCGCUUGGGUUACCAAAAGAAUCACUUCAGAAACCAUUCUAUACCCGUGUUCAGUUAUGGGGUGCAGCUCUUCCAACUAAUACACCUGGCAUCCCCUGCAUCUUUGAUCCUCAGGGAAGAGCUGGUAUAUGUGGUGAUUGGUUACUUGGUUCAAGUUUAGAAUCGGCAGCCUUGAGUGGAAUGGCUCUUGCCAAUCAUAUGGCAGAUUAUUUCCAAAGUGGUGGAGCUCGUCCUGAAGAGUUUGCUGUUGGUUUAAUGAAUGAGUUUCAACCACUUGGAGGACAUGAUAUUGGACAAUUUCCAGGAUUGGAGUCCCAAAAACAAACAAAUGAGGCUCAGGCAUAUGAACUUGCCUCUUGAAGUUGUACUAGACCAUGAAAAUUAUUAUAGUUUUGUUGUGAAGGAUGAUGCUGAUCUUUUUGCUCUAUAAUUUUUAUAGUGCUAGAGGAAUAUCUGUUGCUCAGCAGCUCAUCACCCCAGGUGUAUUGGUUUCUCAGCUCCUUGAAGGAAAUUUUAGACAUCUGGAGUUCAGGUGAAGAGAUAUUACGAUAUUAGUAUCUCAGUUCUUCCAAAUUCCAGCACAAGUAUGUGAAGCUUAGACUGGCACAAGGGCACCGACUACUCUACCAAUAAUAGAUUUUCAAGACUUAAGCAUGGAAUUGGAAGCUAUUCAAGAUCUUCAAUAAUGCAUGAAAUGGAAUUAUUGCGUGUACUUUGUUGGAUAGUUUUGGUAGAUGUGAUGAUAAUGUAUUUAUUUUAUUUUUGAGAUUUCGAUAGUUGCAACUUGCAAUAGGGGAGAGGGAAUUUGAACCUUGCACCUCUCUGUUACACCGUUUUAGAUUUUGUAUGAUCAAAUUUUAGAAUUUUUAUUCUCAUCAAUUUCGGCCUUUCAGUU